UUUUACUACACAGAAAUGGAUGUGAAUGUGGAUACACUGACAGACGGACUGUCCAGCUUGACUCCCACGUCGCCCACCACCACCGGCCCCCCACCCUUCCUCUGUCCAGGGUCCCUUGGAGCAGCCAACAGCACAGAGCUGCCCCUAAUCUCCCCGCUCAGUCUGUCGGCACCUAGCACGCUGUGCCAUGUGCACACUGACCAUGCUUACCAGGCUCCUUCUCCCAUCAGCGUUUCUGUGACAUCCAAGGUGAGCCUAUCCUGGCAGCCUCCACCACUGCUCAUCAAGGCACCUCCA